GAGACAAAGUAAUAAGAAUUAUUCCGAAGAAUGAUAGCGAGGCUGAUGAAUUAAAGAACAUGUACCAACAGCUUCAGGUGGAUCUCUGGCAACCCAGCAGCAUCAGUAACAUCUGGAAAGACACGGUAACCGAUGUCCAUGCUUCCAACGUGAGCUCUGAGGCCCUACUUACCUACUUACGACAAGCCAACAUGGAAUACAAGAUUCUUGUAAACAAUCUGCAAAGGGUAAUUGAAAAGCAGAGUCCUUCUCGAGCAAAGAGAAAACGUAGGUCCCUAUUGAAGUAUGACUAUGAAGACUACCAUACACUGGAAGAGAUUGAGAAAUGGAUGCACCACAUGAAUAGAACUCACUCAAAUCUUGUUCACAUGUUUUCAAUUGGAACCUCAUAUGAAGGAAGACCAUUAUAUGUGCUUAAGGUAAUAUAUUCGAAAUCCUACAAGAGAGAAAUAUGGAUGGACUGUGGAAUUCAUGCAAGAGAAUGGAUUGGACCAGCUUUUUGCCAGUGGUUUGUAAAGGAGGCCAUUAACACCUAUAAGAGUGAUCGUGUUAUGAAGAAAAUUCUUGACUUUCUCUACAUAUAUGUGAUGCCGGUGUUAAACCCUGAUGGGUAUCACUACAGCUGGACCCACGAUCGUUUCUGGAGAAAGACAAGAUCAAAAAUGAAAUUGAAUUGCUAUGGUGUUGAUCCAAAUAGAAAUUGGAAAGUCAAAUUUUGUGAGGAAGGGGCAUCUCUUAAUCCAUGUGACAGCACUUACUGUGGACCAUAUGCAGAGUCUGAACCAGAAGUUAAAGCAGUUGCCCAAUUUAUCCAUAAAAGAAGAAAAUAUAUCAAAAUCUACAUGACAUUUCAUGCAUAUGCUCAAAUGGUACUCUAUCCUUAUUCCUAUCAGUAUGAAACAAUUCCAAAUUUCAAGUGUGUGGAAUCAGCUGCACAAAAAGCUGUCCAGGCUAUAAACUCAGCUUAUGGUGUAAGGUAUAGACAUGGUCCAGCAGCAUCUACUUUAUAUUUGAGUUCUGGCAGCUCCAUUGAUUGGGCUUAUAAUAUCGGUAUACCAUAUGCAUUUGCAUUUGAACUUCGCGACACUGGAUAUUAUGGAUUUCUCCUUCCAGAAGGUCUCAUUCGACCAACCUGUAUAGAGACAAUGUUAGCAGUCAAAAAUAUCACAAUGCACUUGCUGAAGAAAUGCCGCUAG